AUGAGCUACGACCGGGCCAUCACCGUCUUCUCGCCCGACGGGCACCUCUUCCAAGUGGAGUACGCACAGGAGGCCGUGAAGAAGGGCUCCACCGCGGUCGGUGUCCGGGGACGAGAUAUUGUUGUCCUGGGAGUGGAGAAGAAAUCCGUGGCCAAGCUGCAGGAUGAGAGAACGGUGCGGAAGAUCUGUGCUCUGGACGACAACGUCUGCAUGGCGUUCGCAGCCCACCUUGCUGUCAUUGCAGGCCUCACCGCGGAUGCCAGGAUCGUCAUCAACAGGGCCCGAGUGGAGUGUCAGAGCCACCGCCUGACGGUGGAGGACCCGGUCACUGUGGAGUACAUCACUCGCUACAUAGCCAGUCUGAAGCAGCGUUACACACAGAGCAACGGACGCAGGCCGUUUGGCAUCUCCGCCCUCAUUGUGGGCUUUGACUUUGAUGGCACACCCAGACUGUAUCAGACCGACCCUUCGGGUACAUACCACGCUUGGAAGGCUAAUGCUAUCGGUCGUGGGGCCAAGUCGGUGCGUGAAUUCCUGGAGAAGAACUACACCGAUGAAGCCAUUGAGACAGACGACUUGGCCAUCAAGCUCGUUAUCAAGGCCCUUCUGGAGGUCGUUCAGUCAGGGGGCAAAAACAUCGAGCUGGCUGUGAUGCGGCGUGAUCAGCCCCUAAAGAUUUUAAAUCCUGAAGAAAUCGAGAGAUACGUUGCAGAAAUUGAAAAGGAGAAAGAAGAAAAUGAAAAGAAGAAGCAAAAGAAAGCCUCGUGA